UUCACAUUAAAAGAAUGUUGCGAACAUUUGUAUUGGAAACGCAGCCACUAUCAUAAAGCAACGUUGAUAUAUAUUUGUCUCAGUCUGGGUUUUGCAUGGUGCGUCUACAACAGAUUUUUUCCUCUCUUUUUCUGCGUUGACCAGUGGAGCCUCCUGAGGGCGCUAAUAGCUCUAGUCACUGUACGAUUGUUCCAUUUGACUGAGGAUGUGUGACUGUGAUUUUCAGGAACAUUACAUCAUUGUCGUCUAAAGCCCUGCACACACACACACUCACACUGCAUCUCUGGCAGCAGGUCAGAGGGCAGGACAGACUGGGAUGUUUCGCUUUGCACCUUUAGCGUAAAGUUCUGCUCUUCCGAAUCCGGGAGGUGGGGAGAGAUGUGGAGGAGGAGGAAGAAGAGGAAGAGGCUGGUCUGUCGGCUGCAGGAUUCCAUCACUCUUGGCAACCGUUGUUGAGUUUCCACGGAAACACUAAGCAAUGUUCCCUGCUUUCUCUUUUGUCCUCCUUCAUCACUCUCCUCUCUCGCUCCCUCUCUCUCCCUUCCUCCCUCCCUCUCUCCAUCCCGUCUUUAUCGCUGGUCGACCUCCCCCUUGCGUUGCCACGGCGAUGCUCGGAGUCCGCCGCAGUGUUGGAGCGCAGAGUUGAACUGAUCGCCUUGCUUUUGCUGUUUUGUUCUUCCCUCUUUAAAAAAAAAAGAUAUUUUUUUGCUUUGUUUGUAUUUUUUGCAACCUCUCAUCCAACCUCCCCACCGGGCAGAGGGCAACCAUUUGGAUUGCCCUGCAGAGUGACAUCAGAGGAAGUUGGAUGAAGUUGGAAAAACUCUUGUACUCCUCUUCUUCUUUUUCUUCUUCUUCAAUCUGCGUUGAUGUUUUCUCCACUCCGGCACUCUGAGACGCCUUCGUGGGGACCAAACUACGCUCUGUGAACACUUCUGGAGAAAAAGAAAAAAAAACAAAAAAGAAACUCACAGAGAGAGAUGAGUGAUGAGGCGGAGGAGGCUCAGCUCCCUGUGGGGGUGACGGAAACCGAGGAGGAGCAACAGGAGGGUGGACUUUUCCAGGAGUUGUUGGAGAAACAAGAGGAGCGGGAAGAGGUGGAGGAGGUGAAGAUGUCACUCACGGAGGAGAUGAAGGAGGUGCAACCAUGCGAGGUUGAGGAGAUGCAGCAAGCUGAGGAGGAGGAGCAGCAGCUGCAGGAGGAAGAGGAGGAGGUGCAAGGUGAGGAGAUGCUACAGACUGAGCAACAGCAGCUGCAGGAAGACGAGGGGAAGCACACCGAGGAGGUGCAAGACUUUGUUGACACUCUGGAGCAGAACCACAACAACCAGGUCCUGAUCCGACUCAGAGGAAUGCAGAAAUACAAAAUUACAUCACAGAGGCUGAAGGCGGGCCUGGAGCAGAUGGACCGGGGCGUCGUGGACCUGCAGGAGCUCCGCAGGAACCUGGAGCUGGCGGCGGCCAUGUUGGACGCCGUUUACACGGACGAGACCAGGCGCCUGCUGGACACGGAGGACGAGCUCAGUGACCUGCAGGUGGAGUCCGUGCCGAGCGAAGUGCGCGAUUGGCUGGCGUGCACUUUCAGCAGGAAGAUGGGCGUGGCCAAGCGGCGUCCCGAGGAGAAGCCAAGGUUCAGGAGCAUCGUUCACGCGGUGCAAGCCGGAAUCUUUGUGGAAAGGAUGUACAGACGGACUUCUAACAUGGCUGGGCUGACCUACCCUCCCACAGCUCUGACAGCUCUCAAGGAGGUGGAUCAGUGGUCCUUUGACGUUUUUUCCUUCCACGAGGCCACUGGAGAACACGCCCUCAAAUUCCUGGUGUAUGACCUGCUGACCCGCUAUGACCUCAUCAACAGGUUCAGGAUCCCUGUGCAGGCCCUGGUGCAGUUUGUUGAGGCUCUGGAGAACGGCUACAGCAAACACAGGAACCCCUACCACAACCUGAUCCACGCCGCCGACGUCACGCAGACAGCCCAUUUCCUGAUGCUACACACCGGACUGAUGCACUGGCUAAGCGAGCUGGAGAUCCUUGCCAUGGUUUUUGCUGCGGCGAUCCAUGACUUUGAACACACGGGAACUACAAACAACUUCCACAUCCACACCAGGUCAGAGGUUGCCAUCCUGUACAAUGACAGGUCGGUGCUGGAGAACCAUCACGUCAGCGCCGCCUACAAGCUGAUGGCCGAGGAGGACAUGAACAUCCUGGUCAACCUGAACAAAGAAGACUGGAGGGAGCUGAGGGCUCUGGUGAUAGAGAUGGUGAUGUCCACAGACAUGUCCUGCCACUUCCAGCAGAUCAAGACCAUGAGGAACGCCCUGACACAGACAAACGGUAUAGACAAAGUGAAGGUUUUAUCUCUGAUGCUUCACGCAGCAGACAUCAGUCAUCCUGCCAAAGCCUGGCCGCUGCACUACCACUGGACUCACAGCCUGAUGGAAGAGUUCUUCAGACAGGGAGAUAAAGAGGUGGAACUCGGUCUUCCUUUCUCUCCACUCUGUGACCGCAAAGCCACCAUGAUCGCCCAGUCACAGAUCGGUUUCAUAGACUUUAUCGUGGAGCCCACUUUCACUGUCCUGGUUGACACAACAGAGAAGGUGAUCGGACCUCUGAUAGAAGAAGACAGGAAGGCCAAAGAGAGUGGAAACAGAAGGUCCAGCCUAACAGGAAGCGGUUCAGUCACUGUGGAGUCGGUGCAGAGACACAGCAGUAAUCGCCAUGGAAACACCGACGACGGACAGAUGAACUUUUCCCUGACAGCCAUUGACCUGCCAGCUCUGAGGCACCACCUCUCCAGCGUCAUCACCAGCAACAAAGAUCGAUGGAAGGAGCUGUCUGUGCACGAGCUGGCCAAGAAGGAGAAAGAGGAGACCGAGGCGAAAGACGAAGGUGAAGACAUCGGCUCGGACGCCCCGUCUCAGGCCUCGUCUGGCCACGGCGUCACAGAUCCGGCGCAGAACUCAGACGAUUGCGCUCCAGCUGAAAAGUGCGAUGAUGAAUCACCUGACCACACGGCUGCGGACCACCUGACCUGGAACGGGGCAGAGGAGGAAGAGGAGGAUGACAAAGUGCCUGAAAAUGCCUGAUGACGCAAAACUACAAGUCCUCUAUUAAUCUGACUUUGGCAGAUCACCAUGGCAACAGGCAGCUCGGUUGCAGUAACCACUAGGGUUUAGACUCUUCUGUGUAAAGAAGCUGACUCAGUGGCCCCUCUGCGGCCCCCAGAGGGCCUCCAGAUUAUCUGUUUACAAGUGAAUGUGGAUAAAUCAUACUUUGGAGUGACCAUCUUCCCCCCCCCCAUUCAGAUCAUGGCUUCUUAGCAGCUUCCUGGUUCGUUUUCUGUCAGGCUCAGAGGUAAAUUGUCUGGAAAAACCAAAGAGUGUGUGAUGGCUGGCGAAUCCCAGUUCACGAUUACCGCAGACAAAAUGUCGUUUAUCAGGAUGAAUGAAACACGAAGCUGUUAAGAAGCAGCCGUGGCGGUGACGUCGGCGGGCGUGUGGUUCUGUUUAGGCGCCGUCAGUGAUCCGUGGUGGGAGUGAGGCGUCGCUACUGCUCUGCUCUCUGCUCCAACUUCACAUUUUCAGGUAUGUCGCAUUCACCCAGUCACACCUCCGCGUCCGCGACGGAAGACCUUGCUGUGUUGAGAUGCUCGUCGAAUCAAAGUAAACAAAGCCGAUGUAAGUAUGCUGACGCAAACGAGCUUUUAAAUUCCUUAAAUUACUUUGAUAUCUUCUUCAGGCCUCGACGUCUGCCAACGUUCGCCACCACUUUACCUGAGUUCCAUUUCAAUGUUGUGCAGAAACUUUGGUCAAUUAAAAAAGUAAAUAUUGUAACUCAGAUCAUCCAUGUGGCAGGAGGGAUCAAAUCAAAUCAAAUCAAGUCUUGCAGCCAAUUAGAAGAGGCCUCUGACUGAAGGCUGUGGCUGUACGACAGGCUCAUGACAGCAAUGCUAUGCUCCGAUGCUAACAGUUCAACUUCCAGGCAGCAGAGAUGAUAUUUUACAAUAACAUGUCCUGCAUGUCACCAUGCUUGUUGAAAAGCACCACUAGUCCACCUCCUUUGCUUUUGCCGCUCCCCUUUAGAGGUCUUUAUGGCAGCACGGUCCGACACGGUGAGGUCUGAGGUUUGAUAGUUGCGUAUUGUGAUCAAUAGAUGUAGUUUUAACUUCCUCAUUCGCUUUUUGCUCUGCAUCCAUAAAGCCUGCUUUUCAACUCCUCUGGGAUUUGGUGUGAAAUCUGAAACUCAAUGUAAUUGUAAAAAAAAAAAAAUUGUCUCCAAUGAUCUCCAUCUCAUAUGGCAUUGAUGAAAAUCACAAUAGAUUAGCAAAAUGUGAAUAAUAUUACAAGUGGAGAAGUUUUUGUCAUAUUGACAAAGCAUCUGGGAGAAUGUUCAUUGGACAGAUGAGACAAAAUUUGAGUUUUUUCACAGGACAUAUCGGCUGUUUGUUCAUUCACACACACAAAAAUGAAGCAGAACUAGAAAAGAGCACAGUCUCUGCUGUCAAACAUAGAUGAGGCUGGGUAAUGUUCUGGGGCUGYUUUGCUUUGCUUCCUCURAAAUCUGUGCAGAAUAAAAUUAAAUCUCAAGGGAGCGUUCUGGAGAGAAAUACGCUGCCKAGUGUCUUCCAACACAAUAGUGACACAAAACACAGCUAAAAUCUCCCAAGAAUGGCUAGGAGCAAAACAUUGGACUGUUCUGAAUUGUCCUUCUACAUUCAAUAGKACGUCUWKGUGCURAAAUACGCCAUCGGGAGAAGACGCCCUUCAAACCUCAGACAGUUUGCCCUGGAAUGUGGCAGAAUCCCUGUGGACAGGUGCAGAAGCCUCACUGACGCUUACAGAGAUUGAUUGCAGUUGUUACCUUAAAAAGUUGAGCAGCAGAAAUAUGAAGUUGCAGGUACCAUCAUUUUUGUCCAGGCAUGUUGCACCGGUCGGCUUUUUAAAACGAUUCUGCUGAAACACGAUUGAGAAGAAACGUCUGAUUUUCAGUGGUUCAUUUUCAAGGAAUUUUAUUUAUUACUUUUGUCCGUUUCAAGUCAUGUCAGUGAYCUUUGUGGGUUUUUCAUUCGUGACCUUUGAAAGUCCAGUUGACCUUGAGCUCAGCAGCUAUUUCAGAUGRCACGUCUCAGUUUUUGUUUUGUGUUUCAUGUCCUAAGAUGUUGUUUAAUUUCUUCUACCCUUCACAUCCUGCUUUCACUUAACCCUUGCAUUCCCAAAAUUCAUUCUCUACUUUAUUAUCCAGRGUACACGGGGUUACUCUGUCCUCUCUUCUCAUAUCCAUGGUUUCCUCCUGUGUUCCUUUAUUUUAAAUUGUCUCUCAUUCAGAUGUUCUUUAUAUUUUUAUUUAUGGACUUUCUGCAUCUGUCUUAGUCUCAGUCAAAUAAAAACUUCUCUGUCAUCGGAUACUGGUCUGUCUGAUUGUGAGCCUCAGUCUGAGUCCUUCGUCCAUCGGUCCAUGACAACGCGCACUGCCUUAAACGAAGAAGAGGAAUGUAAGAGCUGAACAAUUUAGGCGACGCUUCAGACAUCCAUUUAUUUUAACAACUCAUAAAAAUAAAUGUGGCUGUUCRACACCAUCUUGAAUUCAAUAGACUCUAUCGCCCCUAGGUUCUUAUCWUGCGUCUCUCUGGUUAGAGACCCAGCAGUUGUCACAACUCCGUUAGUUCUUCCUGGGAUGACACGAAGCGCUUUGUGCUGUCAAAGUAACGCUUGACUCUGGCAACACAGAUUGCUGCGAGUCCAGGUGGGGAGCAGAGCAGCAACAGCGAGGUGGUCUGGAUUUUACUGCGUUGUGUCUUCUUCAUGAGAUGUUUUCUACAGCACGGAAUGUCUUCUUGUUCUUUAGGACAAUGUGUCCAUAGCAUAAUAUUAUGAUCUGUGCCAUGCUUGUGUGAACUGYAGAGACGAGCCCUCCACAUGGAGACAGAUCAGUGGCGGCCCCAGUCAUCUGAAAAUAAYCAGAUUACUCCUUUAAAACAGCAGCUCGUCGUCCGGGCAGUUUCUCUUCUCUGUGUUACCGUUGCAGCUGCUGACUGUGAAAAAUGACGGGACCGCCGCAGUAUUACCAUGGCGAGGAGGUCAUUGUUGGUUUCCACAUGAAUGGCCAAAGAGCCAAGCGCUAAGCCAAGAUGACCAACAGUGAAGGCUCUGUAGAUGCUCAGAUCACUGUGUUUGUUCAUGCGAUGUUUGCUGUGGUCGUUGUGUUUCCUUGGCUCGUUGUGUUACAGAGCGUGUAUGUUGGGAUGGGAGGCCGAGCAAGACACACAGAGAAAGAGAGAGAGUGUGUGUGUGUGUCUGCUGUACAGUCAUUUAUUGUAUUAAACAUCCUAAACUCUU